ACUGUAGUUUCACUCUUUCUCACCAUUUUUGCUUUGUUUCUCACUAAGCAUUUGACCGAACGCCACAGGAGUUAUCCUUCGUCCAAGGAGUCGCUGGAGUAAAAAAUAUUUGUUUACACCUGGCAGACUGGUGCAGCGCGGCAUUCCGAAUUUUCGUCGACCAAAAAGAAUCCCAGUAAAAGAAAAUCUCCAGUAAUGACCACAUUCACCGGUACCACGGCACCCCAACCACCGCCACAAGUAACCGGUGGCGACGAUCUCGGCCCGAUACGGUUGCCGGUCGAUAGUGAAACGUACCAGUUUGAUGAUUGGACCAUCUCGUACACCAAAUCCCAUAUCCUGAAGAGUGUCUGCGUGAACGAUAAUCGAUGCGUGGCAGGAGACGAGGGUUGCUGCGAACUGUGCGUUUACAACUUCCAGCUCGAACUGCCCCACCUGCCGGACAUGGUGUUUCACCGGAAUGUGCUGCGGCUGUGCCACAGCUCCGGGGCCGUCCUAGAGUUCCGACCGAUCGAUGCACUAAAACGAGUGCGCAACGAGAAGCCCGAGCUGAAGGUGGCCUGUUCCGACGAGUGGCGCGAGAGCCGCCCGGAGGCUUCGCAGGCGCUGGAGAAGGUGAAAGAUUUCGACUGGUCGUUCACGACGGAUUACUCGGGCACGGUGAACGAGCGGCUCCGGGUAGAACCGACCGAGCAGCGCAUCGAUAUGCUCAAGCUGAAACGCCGCGAACCGAUUCUCUUCUACCACGAUCUCACGCUGUUCGAGGACGAGCUGCAUGAUCACGGUAUCUCGCUGCUGUCGGUGAAGGUACGCGUCAUGCCAUCCGGCUUUUACCUACUGCAGCGCUUCUUCCUCCGUGUCGACGGUGUGCUGAUACGCGUACACGAGACCCGGUUCCACUACGAGAAAGGUAACGACUAUCUGCUAAAGGAGUUUACGCAUCGCGAAGCACGGGUCGAACAGCUGAAACAGGUCCAUCCAGCUCUGUUUACCGACCCGAACGAAAUCGUACAGCAUCUACCGGUCGUACGGCAAGUGAACGAAAAGGUUACCAUCGUCAGCGCAACCACUUAAUAACCGCUAGUUUUGUUAUUUUAAAGUACUUCAUGUACCACAUUUUUAUGUCCACUUUUUUCGAGCCUAGGGAGUCACCAUAGUAAGAGAGGUUGAUUGAAAUAAAAAGGAAAACG